AUGCGUUUCUCCAUCAUCGUCGCAACACUCCUUGCUAGCAUCGUCACUGCGAUGCCAGACCCUCUCCCACUCGGCUACAACGGGCCUUGCUCCAGGGACAACUGCGGUGCCAGUGGUACCAACUGCGGCAACCGCAUUUGCGUGGGUUGGCCUUCUACGGAGAUCGAGAAGAGGAAAGGCUGCACCUGCACCACCGGCUAA